AUUUUCUAUUAAUCCAUUUUUGUAAUGAUUUGAAGUUUUUUCAGGAUUGGGAAAUUAAAUCAAAUUUGAUAAGCCUGGAAGAUGAAUGCUUUCGAUGGCCUCUCAUAAGAGCAUUAGCAUGUAUUUAUUUGUAGGAGGAUUUUCGUGAACAAUAAAUAUAAUGAUAGGAAAAUGAAUGUAGGAAUCCAAAUUUUGCCAUAUUUAAAAGAAGAGGGGCCUAGAUUUUUGAGGAGGAUAAUUUAACAAGACCUGAUUGAUCAAAAUAGGUUGUUUAUAAAAACAAUUUAUUAAAUAGGGAGGAAACUGGAAGAUGAUAAUUGAGGUAGAUGGGAUGCAUUUUUAGAAAAUACUGCAAAUAUUAACAAAG